AUGUCUUCUCCUCGUGAUACUUCACAUGAGAACUUUGCUCUCCUCACCAACACGCGUGUCCACGGCGGAAAGGCGGCCUACAGGAAGCACCUGACUGAUCUACAGCCGAUGCAUCGGGCAUUGAGGACGUCAUUUGGCCCAAUGGGCCUUGAUAAAAUGUGCAUUGAUGCAACUGGUGACGUAUUCAUCACAAAUGACGGUGCUACGAUCUGCAAGUCGCUUCUUCUCUCUGAGCCAGUCUGCAACAUCCUACGAAGUGUGGCAGUUGAGCAGGACCGAUCUGUUGGAGACGGAACGACGACAGUGGUGCUGCUGAGCCACGCACUGAUAUCAAAUGGGGUGGAGCUGAUCAACAAGUUCAGCCUGGAGCCAACUGUGGUAGUGAAUGGGUACAGGAUGGCAUUCAACGAAAUAGUAAAGAAGAUGAUGUCAAGGGGGGUGAACAGUGUUACUAGUAAUAACAUUACUAAUGUUAGUAGUGUUACUAGUAAUAACAAUAGUAAUAACAAUAGUAAUAAUAACAAUAGUAGUAACAGUAAUAACAAUAGUAACAGUUAUAACAUCAUCACCUCCACCCUUGCUUCUAAGAUACUCUCUGAUCACCUAUCUCAUUUCACCAGCAUCAUCACAUCCAUCACCAAUCCGAGACUGAUCAAAAUAGUCAAACAGACUGGUGGAUCAAUCAGUGACAGCCACCUGAUCAGUGGACUGGUGCUGAACUGCACCGUGGCCGAUGAGCUGAUGAACUCGUUCAGUUCGAAACAGACUGGGAUAUUUCUGGGUGACUUCAGCCUGAUGAGGGAGAAGAUGCCUCUUGGAACAGCGUACGCGGCAGUGGACGAGACUGACCAGAUUGGGCAGUGCGAGAGGGAGCUGACUCUGAGGCGGCUGAAUGAGAUCGUAGGUGACGGCGUCAAAACGAGGCUGAUUCUGCUGACUGGUGGAAUGGACGACUGCUGCGUCAGGGAGUGCGUGAGACUGGGCGUCACUGUCGUACGACGAGUCCACGUCGACGAUCUGCGACUGAUUCGGAGUGCGACUGGGGCAGUGAUCAACGAUGCACCCUGUGGAAGUGGCAGUGUCAGAGGCGGAUUCAGAAUCAGGCAGUUUGGGGAGCACAGGAUGGUUGAGAUCGACUGUGGGAUUCAGACAGUGGUGAUCAGGGGAGGAAGUAGACAAAUAUGCGAUGAGGUACACAGGGCAAUGAAUGACGUACUGAGGGUGGUAGGUAGUAACAGUUGUGAUAGUAAGGGUGAUAGUAAUAAUAAGGGUAGUAACAGUAAUAGUAAUAAUAGUAAUAUUACUAGUAACAAUAGUAAGGGUAGUAAUAUUACUAGUAAGGGUAACAAUAGUAAGGGUAACAAUAUUACUAGUAACAAUAAGGGUAACAAUAGUAACUCUAGUAACAGUAACAUUAGCAAUGUCAGUGUCCUACCUGGUGGCGGUGCUAUUGAGCAGAUGCUCUACAGCCACCUCAGGGACUAUGCCAGUCGCAUUGAGAUGAGAGAGCACAUCGCAAUCUACAAAUACGCAGAGGCACUGCGAGACAUCGUGGUUGGGCUGGUUGAGAAUGCAGGUGACUGCGGAUUGGAGGUGUUUGGCCAAAUGGAGCGGAUGAGUCUGGAGACAGGGGCACCGUGUGGCGUGAACAUCACUGAGGGUGGAUGUGUCGUAGGAGACAACCUGAAAAGUGGGGUGGUGGAGCCAGUUGGAUACAAAAUGAAGGCAUUGAAGGCAGCUACAGAGGCAGCAAUAGCAGUUCUAAGGAUCAAUGAAGUGAUUGAGUUUGAGUAG